CUCUUUUUCAGAGACAGUUUCACGCUCUCUCUCUCUCUCUCUCUCUCUAACACACACACACCACACACACACGUUCACACACACGCGCGCGCUCCUUCAGUCUCUCCCACCCCUCUCUCACUCUCUGACUCUCUCCGCAGGAUCGGGACGGCUCCAUCAUGUCCGCGGCGCGUUUCAAGGCAUCUCCGGGAAACUAAAUCGCACACCCUUUUAAAGUGUGUUUUUAUUUUCUGUCUGGAGUUCGGUGAGGACGCGGAGAAACGCCAAGUGAAGCACACGCGUAGAGGAUUUUAGUGGAUUUUUGAGUGCGUUCUGAAGCGCGGCGUCAUGUCUCCGAGAUAAGCGCGCCUCUCUCUCAGCCUGUGUGUGUGUUUGUGUGUGUGAGACUGAGUGAGUGUGUGCGUGCGAGUGUGUGAGUGUGUGUGCGCGCGCGCGCGUGUGUGAUGUUACCUUGUGGAAGGUGUGCAACGGGAAAGACGCUGGCUGGACUCGACAUCUGCAAUUGAUCUGCCGUGUUUUCUGGAGCACCAUGUCCCUGGAAUGAAGGAAGAAAAUCAAACAUGGAUAUAAUCUGGGAAAUACUGAUUAUUCUUCAAGCCAAUUUCAUCGUUUGUACAACAGCUCAGCCAGGUCCCCCCAAAAUUCAUGAGGGAUGGUGGGCUUACAAAGAGGUCGUCCAAGGGAGCUUCGUUCCAGUUCCGUCCUUCUGGGGUCUUGUGAAUUCAGCGUGGAACCUGUGCUCGGUGGGAAAGCGACAAUCUCCAGUCAACAUUGAAACCAGCCAUAUGAUAUUUGACCCCUUCCUGACACCACUGAGACUGAACACCGGGGGCAGGAAGGUGGGAGGGACCAUGUACAACACCGGCCGCCACGUCUCGCUACGCCUGGAUAAGGAGCACUUGGUGAACAUCUCGGGUGGACCCAUGACAUACAGCCACCGACUGGAGGAAAUCAGGUUACACUUUGGCAGCGAAGACGGACAGGGCUCGGAGCAUCUCCUCAACGGCCAGGCCUUCUCCGGGGAGGUACAACUGAUCCACUACAACCACGAGCUCUACACUAAUUACACAGAAGCUGCCAAGAGUCCAAACGGCUUGGUGAUAGUGUCUAUAUUCAUGAAGAUAUCCGAGACUUCGAAUUCCUUUCUGAAUCGGAUGCUGAACAGAGAUACCAUCACUAGAAUAACGUAUAAGAAUGAUGCUUAUUUACUAUCUGGGCUAAACAUCGAGGAGGUGUACCCCGAGACGGCGAGUUUCAUCACCUACGAGGGUUCGAUGACUAUCCCACCCUGUUUUGAGACUGCCACAUGGAUUCUCAUGAACAAGCCGAUAUAUGUCACAAAAAUGCAGAUGCACUCCAUGCGGCUGCUCAGCCAGAACCAGCCUUCGCAGAUCUUCCUCAGCAUGAGCGAUAACGUGCGUCCGGUCCAGCCUCUGAACAACCGCUGCAUUCGCACCAACAUCAACUUCAGCAUGCAGGGCAAAGACUGCCCCAACAACAGGGCCCAGAAACUGCAGUACCGAGUGAAUGAAUGGCUGCUGAAAUAGACCCCUUUCAUGGAUGAGCCCAAAUAUAAAACAAGACACCGAGAGGGGGGGAGAAAUAAGGAUGAAAGACAGCGGAGGAGCGGAACGGACUCUAGACUGCAUCACAUUUGUCCUGCCAGAUAGUCAUGACAUUGUAAAGGGAAAAAAAAGAGAGAGAGAAAAAAACAAACAAAAAAAAAAAAAUAAAAAAAAAUAAUAAUAACUUCAAUAAGAAGAGACUUGGGCAAAAAAAAAAAAAAAAAGACUCUGUUUCAUACAUCAGCUCAAAACCAGUGAAGUACAAAUAGGUUUUGAUACUUUUUUGGUGAAAAAAAUGGAAAAAAAAAAGAAAAAAGCGAAACCAUACAAAAAAUUUCAAUAUUUAUUUCAUAUUCACUUCACAACAAUGGAACUAAAGAUGUCUUUUUAACCUUUGUACAUAUGGAUACCUUACUGCAAAGCGUUCAAACCUUCAACAGCGGGAUGGACACUGAGCUGGAGACUGAAAUCAGGAGCAUCGUCAUAAUUGCAUCGUCUUAAUCAUAACUCCGGGACACGUCGGAGACGAGGAGGGGAGAGGGUGACGGGAUGGGAUGGGAGGAUGAGAGGAUGAGAGGAUGACAGGAUGAAAGCUGCCACACUAAUGACACUACUGAGGAAUGUACAUGAGCGCUGUUUUUUCAGACACGAUGAGGGAGGGUUCUGGCCUUGUAAAUAGAAUUAUUCAUGCUGAAGAUUAACAUGUAAAGAUACAAAUAAACAUUAAAAAAGAAUAUAUCAGAGGGAAAAAUAACUGAAAAAAAUAAGUUGAAUAUUUUAUGCUUGGCACACUGAAUUUCUGGAGGAGAGCUGAUGCCUUUUUUUCUGUUUUAUUGUUUACAAAUGGUCCUACACUGUGUUUGUUUAAUGUUAUCGGCCCAAUAAAUGUGUUUGGAACGUC